CUUGACGGGUGGCGGCGCUUCGGGCAAAUCUCCUGACGGCCCGAGAGGACCGGGCCCGCCCCGCGGGGGCCUCGGCUCAGGCGGAAGUUCGCGCAUGCGGCGCCGUGGCGGGCCGGUGUCUGCGCACAGCGGGGGCGACCGCGUGCAUCAUGGGGCGGCGGUCGCGGGGCCGGCGUCUCCAGCAGCAGCAGCAACAAGAGCAACAGCAGCGGCAGCGGCCCGAGGGCGCGGAGGACGGGGCCGAGGGCGGCGGGAAGCGCGGCGAGGCGGGCUGGGAAGGCGGCUACCCCGAGAUCGUCAAGGAGAACCAGCUGUUCGAGCACUACUACCGCGAGCUCAAGAUCGUGCCUGAGGGCGAGUGGGACCGCUUCAUGGGCGCUCUCAGGGCGCCCCUCCCGGCCACUUUGAGAAUUACUGGUUACAAAAGCCAUGCAAAAGAAAUUCUGCACUGCUUGAAGAACAAGUAUUUUAAGGAGUUGGAGAACUUGGAAGUGGAUGGUCAGAAAGUCGAGGUUCCACAGCCACUGAGUUGGUAUCCUGAAGAACUUGCUUGGCACACAAAUUUAAGUCGAAAAAUCUUGAGAAAGUCCCCUCUGUUGGAAAGGUUUCAUCAGUUCCUGAUUAGCGAAACUGAGUCUGGAAAUAUCAGCCGUCAGGAAGCAGUCAGCAUGAUCCCGCCACUACUGCUAAACGUCCAGCCACAUCACAAGAUCUUAGAUAUGUGUGCAGCACCUGGAUCAAAGACCGCACAGUUGAUUGAAAUGCUCCAUGCCGACAUGAAUGUCUCCUUUCCAGAGGGAUUUGUUAUCGCUAACGAUGUGGACAACAAGCGCUGCUAUCUGCUUGUUCAUCAAGCCAAGAGGCUGAGCAGCCCCUGCAUCAUGGUGGUGAACCACGACGCAUCCAGCAUCCCAAGACUCAUGGUGGACGUGCACGGAAGGAAGGAGGUUCUCUUCUACGACCGGAUUCUGUGCGAUGUCCCUUGCAGUGGGGACGGCACUAUGAGGAAAAACAUCGAUGUCUGGAAGAAGUGGAGCACCUUGAACAGCUUGCAGCUGCAUGGCUUACAGCUCCGGAUUGCGACUCGAGGUGCCGAGCAGCUAGCAGAAGGGGGUCGGAUGGUGUACUCCACAUGCUCCCUCAACCCCGUUGAGGACGAGGCCGUCAUAGCUUCACUCCUGGAAAAAAGCGAAGGAGCUCUAGAGCUUGCCGAUGCGUCUGCCGAGUUGCCGGGGCUGAAGCGGAUGCCUGGACUCACGCAGUGGAAGGUCAUGACCAGAGAGGGGCAGUGGUUUGCGGACUGGGAUGAGGUUCCCUGCAGCAGACACACCCAGAUCCGGCCCACCAUGUUCCCACCCAAGGACCCCGAGAAGUUGCAGGCCAUGCACCUGGAGCGCUGCCUGAGGAUUUUGCCACACCAUCAGAACACUGGAGGAUUCUUCGUGGCGGUCUUGGUGAAAAAGUCUUCAAUGCCGUGGAAUAAGCGUCAGCCGAAGGUCCAGGGUAUGUGUGCAGUGAGCAGACAGAGCACAGAGCCAGGCCUGGCGGCUCCUGAGGAGGGGGUGCCCAGCGAGCCCCCCGAGCUGCACAGCGGGGCGGCUGCAGGGCCGGGCGACACAACAGCUGCGCCAACAGCUGAGGACCCAGAGUCCGGCGAGAGCAAGAAGGACGGCGUUUGCGGGCCGCCGCCCUCGAAGAAGAUGAAGUUACUGGGGUUUAAGGAAGACCCGUUUGUGUUCAUUCCCGAAGAUGACCCGCUCUUCCCACCUAUUGAGAAGUUCUACGCUCUGGAUCCCUCGUUCCCAAGGAUGAAUCUGCUGACUCGAACCACAGAAGGGAAGAAGAGGCAGCUCUACAUGGUGUCCAAGGAGCUGAGGAGCGUGCUGCUGAACAACAGCGAGCGGAUGAAGGUCAUUAACACAGGGAUAAAAGUCUGGUGUCGAAACAACAGUGGAGAAGAGUUCGAUUGUGCUUUCCGGUUGGCACAAGAGGGCAUAUAUACAUUGUAUCCGUUUAUUAACUCAAGAAUUAUUACUGUAUCCAUGGAGGAUGUGAAGAUCCUGUUGACCCAGGAAAAUCCGUUUUUUAGAAAACUCAGCAGCGAGACAUACAGUCAAGCCAAGGACAUGGCGAAGGGAAGCGUUGUGCUGAAGUACGAACCGGAUCCCACGAAUCCGGAGGCCCUCCAGUGCCCCAUCGUGCUGUGUGGGUGGCGGGGAAAGGCCUCCAUUCGGACCUUCGUGCCCAAGAACGAGCGGCUGCACUACCUCAGGAUGAUGGGGCUGGAGGUGCUGGGCCAGAAGAAGAAAGAGGGGCCCCCCCCUCCUGGCAGGAGUGUGGCCAGCUCCGGGCCGCCGGAGGAGGAGCAGCAGCCCCGAGCGGAAGAGGCCGGCCCGGAGGGCGCUGCAGCAGGCUGUGCCCCGGCCCCAGCCGAGCCUCCCCGAUGAGGAUGCCAGAGCCCGAGCUGGCUUCCCUGGGCCUUGGCGUCAGACAGCAGCCCAGAGCCACCUCGGAGCUGAGCCGGGAGGUGUGUUGAGGACAGGCCCUGUGGAGUGCUCGCUCAGUACUGCGCUCAGUACUGCUCUCCACGGAGCUUGGGAAGUGCUUGGGUGCCUUGCGCUGUUCGCUUCACUGGUCUCUGGCAGCGGGUCGAGUGUCUGACUUCCCCAGUGUUCCUUCGGUGCAGAAGAAAAGCCGCCCUUGCAGGGGCUUUGGGCCCCUUUCCUACACCUGCGUCUCUCUAAAGGCCGGGCUUUUAAAAGCUGUUGUUCCUGCUGCGCGCAUCGGCCUGUGAGGUGGCUGGCGAGCACGGGCGGCCGUGUCCUGUGCCUUUGUGACAUGGGAAGGGGACCUUCCGAGUCCGAGCUCGUCUGGGUGUGACACUGUCAGCUGUGUGUGCUUUUAUUCAGUGGGUGCUUUGCAGCUUUUACUUUCUAAGGAGGUUGGAAGUCCUGGGGAUCCUCAAAUAAAGAGCUCUUCAUGAUGA